AUGACUGCCAGUGAAAUAAAAGUAAAGUCUAAGGCUGAUGAUAGCUCUGACAAGAAAAAUCAAAAGCCAACUGAGAAAAUAGACAUAACGUUGUUGGAAGAAGACGACGACUUUGAAGAAUUUCCAGCUCAUGCUUGCGGAGAUGGCCGUCCUAACGAGGAAGCUACAGUUUGGGAAGAUAACUGGGACGAUGAUAUUGUAGAUGACGAGUUCACACAUCAUCUAAGAAAUUUUGGAUCAAACAAUAAUCAGCUUUUUGGCCUAGAUAUGCAAUCUAUAAAUAAUACACUGGAUGAAUACAUAACUACUGGUUCUCCUUCACAAGAGUUCUAUUCAGGAGAGGUCCCAAUAAAACGUAGUCCAGAAUCAUAUUCAAACGAAUUCGGCUCUGUAAAUCCACAACACGACGAUGACCUAUACAAAUCUGUUUUUAAUAAUAUACGUCCUCUGGAUGAAUUUGAAGCAAUUCCUUCACAUUCUCCAGAAGAGACUUUACUCCUUACAAACGUAAAUGGCUUCUGGAAGCAAGAAAAUAUCAAGUGGUCAUCAAAUAGUCCUAACUGUUCUUCUCCAACGAGUCCAUCAUUCUCCUGUCAUUCUGUUUCUUCAGAUUCUCUUAGCGAUGAACCUGAACACAAACCUCAACCUUUCCUACGUUCUCGUCAUGAUAGUAGCUCUGAAGAAGUAAGUAGAGCUGACGAAAUGAAAGAAAAUAUGAAGUCUAUCAGACCCACUUUUAUGCGACAUAUGCAGUUUUCGACUAAAAUUUGCACUCAAUGGAGGCAAAAUCUCAACAAAUCCCACAUUGUUCAAAGCAGUCUAAACUCCACAGCUCGUAAGAAAGCCUUACUAGCUAAGGCGGUCAGUCGCAAGCUGAUAUAUUCAAAACUGUCUAAGUCUUCCUCAGUUCAAGUGAAUCACUGUCGAGAACCUUGGCAAGUGGGCGAGCUAGUUUGGGCCCGUCCUAAUUGGCCCGAAAACUUGCCUUGGUGGCCAGCCAUUAUAACUGAAAAACCGAAAAAGUAUCAAGCCAAGAGUUUUGGUUCACAGUCAACAGAUGAUUUCAAUGAUGAAAUAGUGCCUACAUUUCGAGUUUGCCUAUUGGGCAUUAUUCGACCAUUGUCUUUUUUAACACUUCCACAAACUCGUUUACGAUUAUUUUCUGGUCGAGAAGAAUUUGAAUCAUUUUUUCGUCAAACUAUUUUAGAAGCAAAAGAUAAAGUUCGAGCAUUACGUCAAUUCACUAUUCAACCAAGUAUGCAAUCAGCUUGGCAUCGUGCUAGAGAGGCUGCAGUAGCAGCUAAAUUAACUAAACCAUCACCUAAUGAUCGAUUAGCACUGUUUCCAUGGGCAACUGAGCCUAUAUUUCGUAAACUGGAUCCACUUUCAGAAUUUGUAAGAAAAAGCACUGGAAAGUUCACCUUAAACUCUAAAUCACGUAAACGUCCACAUCGAGAUGAUACUAGUGAAGGUGGUGGAUCAUUUUUAUCAUCAUCAUCAUCAUCAUCAUCAACUGAUGAUUCAAACACUUCACUAGCAUCUGACAGUGAUAUUGAUUCUAAUCAAGGAAGAAAUCAUCAUCGUUCCAGUUCGUAUAUUUCUUCUUCAACAUCAACUAGUUCAAUUGGUCAUAGAAAACGUUUAAAAUUAUCUAAUAAUGAUCAUGCUAAGAAUGAGAAAAUUGGUCAACGUUGGAUAGAUUUAGCGAAUAGUUUUGAAUUUGAAAAAUUACGUUUUGGUCAUACAGCACCAAAACAUCAUUUUAUGUGUAGUGUUUGCGGUGAAUUCAAUAAUAAUACUACUACUACUAAUAAUACUACUAAUAAUAACAAUAACUCUUCGGCGGCCACAACGACCACAACAACAACACCAACAAUCAAUACAAUACUACAAUCUGAUGUAACGCAUACAACAACAUUGUUAGAUUCACAGAAAAUUUUUCAUCAACAACAUGAUAAAUUAGAUAAUUUGAUUAUGCCAUGUGUUGGUUAUUGUGGAAAUUAUCUUCAUUUAAAUUGUGCACCGUAUGUAUUUUAUCGAAGUAUUAAACAAAAAAAUCUUGAUCAUAAUGGUACAGAUGAUAAUAAUAAUAAUAAUAAUAGUAAUAAUAAUCAAACAACAGCCACAUCAAGUACUACAACUAAUAAUAGUAAUAAUAAUAAUAAUAAUACAAAAGAUAUUAAAUGUUCAAUAAUAACAAAAGAUCUAACAAUCAUAUCAGAAACCAAAGCUGAUUCAAUACAACCUAAUCCAGUGUGUAAUCUUUGUUUAGCUGGAUUAAGACAAUGUUUCAUUUGUUAUCUUACGCAUCCAGAUCCUCAUUUAUUAACACUUCAAGGAUCUAAUUGUUCAGAAACUCCUUCUGUGGAUCAUGCAAAUUCAGAUUCAUCUAUUGUUGACAAAACUAUCUCUGAAGUAACUAUAAAAAUUGAAGAUGGUGCCAAUGAUGUUAGCUCACAUCAAAAAGAAAUCCAGUUAAUAUCAGAGACAAGUAAAUCGGAAUUACCUAAAAGUGGUGAUCAAAUGAUACGUUGUUCAGUACGUGCUUGUCGACGAUGGUAUCAUCCGGGUUGCCUUCGUAAACCACCUUUUGCUGUUGUAGUCCGAGAAGGACGUUCUGGUUCAUUCACUUGUCCUGCACAUACUUGUUUAGCUUGUUCAGCUGAAACACCUGGUACUAUGCCACGACCUUCUCCUCAUUUUAUUCGUUGUGUUAUGUGUCCUGCUGCUUAUCAUCCAGGAGAUUGGUGUUUACCAGCUGGUAGUAAAGAAAUUGCUCCUAAUUUAAUAAUCUGUCCACGACAUGCAUUACAAGAUGAAUGCAAAUUGUAUACUUCACCUCCAAAUAUUCAACUUAAAUUACCAUCCUCAGGAUUAUUGAAUAUGUUUCGACCAACUAAUGUUUCCUGGUGUUUUAUUUGUUCUAAAGGUGGACGUAUUAUUUGUUGUGAAAAUUGUCCAGCUUCAUUUCAUGAAGAAUGUCUUAAAAUUGAUGAGGUUCCUGAUAAAUUUAUCUGUGAAGAUUGUACAAAUGGUCGUAUGUUACGUUAUGGUGAAAUUGUAUGGGCUCGUCUACCACCAAGUUUACAAUUGUAUCAUCAACGUUCUUUAAAAUUAUCCGGUGUAUAUAAUUCACAUCGUUUAUCUGCAUUUAAUUUAUCUGGUACAAUGCGUUCUAAUGAUUAUGCAUCACUUACUGCUGGUAUGUAUUGGUGGCCUGGUGAAUUAGUACAUCCAAGACAUUUACAAACAAAUCAUUGUCAUGUACAAUCAGACAAUCAAACUGUGUCAAUUAAUUUUCAACCAACAACUAGUCCAACAUCACAUUCAUUUAAUCAUAUACUUGGUUCAGUGCUUGUUCGACUAUUCGGUCUAAAUGGUCGCCUAUCACAUCGACAUUCACGUCCUGUUUAUUUAUGGACUACACGUGCUCGAUUAUUUCCUUAUGAAGAAGGUGAUGAUAAACGUGGAGCUAGUUCCAAUGAUGAUGAUGAUGAUGAGUCAACGGAAUCUGAAAGAGAAGGUGAUGUUAGUGUGAAAAAAAAAUGUCACACAAAACAACGUACCAAUCGUAGCCGUCGUCAUCAUCAUGGUGACGAUAAUGAUGAUGAUGAUGAUAAUGAUGGAGAAGAUGAAGAUCCUUUGUUAGAAUUAAAUUCAAGCAAUUUACUUGUUGAAGAAAAUCAUAAUAAUAAUAAUAAAAGUUUGAAUACAAGUUCUAAUGAAAAUAACAAUUCUAUGGAAUCUCCUACUGGAUCAAUAAACAAGUCAACUAGUCGUUUAUCUCGUAAUUUAUGCUUAAGACCACGUGUAAAUAAUAAAUGUGUCAAUGAUGAGAAUUCUACUAAUUGUACACCGAAUUCACAAACACCACCAUCUGUGAUUAGACGAAGAAAAUUUAUCUACAAUGCUGCAUUAAAACAAGCUGCUCGUGGUUAUCUUAAAAGACAAGAGAAAUUCUCUGAAUUACUAGGUAGAACACGUCGUCCAGAUUAUUAUAAACCAAUAAAGUCGUUGGUUAGAAUUUAUUUUCCAAUGCAAUUUCUUUGUAGAUGUGGUGAGAAAGAUGCACCUAUUGGAAAGCAAUCAUUACUAUUAUCCAAUGAAACAUUAGCUGUAACAAAUUCUUCACAUACCAAUACAACUAGUACUACUGUCUUACCAUCCUCAUCGAAUAAAUCUUUAAAUAAACGUGGAUUAAAACGUGAACUAGAAGAUUUAGUAGCAUCAGUUGUAAAUCAUUCACCAAGUAAAAAUCAACAUGGACUCAGUUCGCCUACAUUAAUGGCCAAUCGAAAUGAAACACAGUCAUUAGUUUCAAUGAAUACUACUACUGCUACUACUACUACUACUAUGUCAACAAUUAUUGACAAUCAAAAAUCACAUAAACCAUCUGAUUUAAUUUUAUGCAGUAAACAUGAUUGUUCAAAAGUGUAUCAUUUAUUCUGUCUUGAUUUGGAUACACCACCUCAAGGUCAAUGGUUUUGUCCAUGGCAUCAUUGUGAUGCAUGCGGUCGUCCUUCUUAUAUUUUCUGUUCCAUCUGUCCAUCUUCAUUUUGUUUGGCUCAUGUUGAAGGUAGUAUUGUUGUACUGCCACCGGUUCUACCAAAACGUAAUAGUAAACAGUCAAACAAUAAUAAUAAUAAUGCUAAUUCUGUAGAAAAUAGAAAUCUCAAUGCUUUGCUUGCUCGAAUUGUUUGUAUGUUUCAUCAUGACUUGAUAAAUAACAUUCAAAAUCAGCCUGUAUUAAAGAAAAAGAAGCUGAAUUCAUCAAUAUCUAAAAUACCGCAAGAAGAUGGCAAUAGCAGUAGUAGUAAUAGUAGUAGUAAUCAUUCUUCAGGAAUGAUUAUGACAAGACGUCGAAGUGUAUUGCGUCAAUCAACCAUGUCCAAAGCUAAACAUGACAAUCAUAAUCAUAAUAAUAAUAUUGAUGAUAAUAAUCCAUCCAACCACAAUGGUACUAGUACGAAUAAUUCAACAAAUUCAUGCGGUUUAGAAACAAAAGAAAAUGAUUGUCUUUCAAAUGGUGUGAAUACAACACCAAAUCGAACUAUUGAAACGAAUUAGAAGAGAUUUGAUUCAAUUAAUUUUGUCUAAAUGUCUUAUUUGUAUAUGUGUAUAACUUAUUUUUUUA